GUGCUGGCCAUGCUCAAGAUCCACGGCGACAAGAUGAAGGCCGCCCUGACGGACGACAUGCUGGCCACUGACAUCGCCGACUACCUCGUCCGCAGGGGCGUGCCCUUCCGCCAGACGCACCACAUCGCCGGCGCCAUCGUGCGCAAGGCUGAGAAGGCCGGCGUGUCCAUCCCGGCGCUGCCGCUCGGGGAUCUCAAGGAGAUCUCGCCGUUGUUCGAGGACGACGUCGCGCAGGUAUUUGACUUCAGGGGUCUACGUUUCGCGGCACCAGCAGCAGCUCGGUGCUGGCGCAAAUUGCGGCGAUUGAGGCUUUCGUGGGGAAGAAUUAGGCAUCUUGUCUGCUUCACUUGGCCCGCAGUGGGUCCAAGUCGUGUGUGCGCUGGGAACCAAAACAAGGAGUGA